UGGUACCGCAUCUUCAGCUUCCCUGACCACACCCACUUCAACCUUGCUUCGCAGGAGGACCCAAAACGUCAUAGUGAUAUGUGGAGAGCUGUUGGUCCGGGAUACACCAUGCAAAACGUCAACAAAACCGAGCCAUUCAUGGACGAGUGCAUAACCUUGCUUCGAUGUCAACUAAUGGUCUUAGCUUUGCGAGGUCAACCUGUAGACUUUGACAAAUGGUUCACGUUUCUGUCGCUGGAUGUCGUAGGUCAAGCAACAUUCUCUACUCGACUCGGGUACUUGGAUACCGGUCGCGAUGUCGGACUUGCCAUUUCUACUGUCAAGAUUGUUGCUGCUUAUACCGCCAUCAUGGGGCAAUUUACCUGGCUGCAUGAUCUCACGCUUGGCAAUCUACUUUUAGGAAAAUUAGGUAUCCAGCCGCAUGUAAAGAUGAUGGGAAUUUGCAAACCUAUCAUCAAAGCACGGAAAGAAAACCCUUCUCCACGGAGAGAUAUGAUGGCGGAAUUGUUGGCUAUGCAAGCGAAAUUUCCGGACAAAGUGAAAGACUUCGAUAUUGAAAAUGCAGCUCAGCUGAAUAUAGCGGCGGGAGCAGAAGGUGGGUUUAUACUACAUUGUAUCUUUUCAAUUCUGUCUAAUCAGAAGUUAACUACUGGUGGUGUUACUCAGGCCUUCGUAUACCACUUACUACGUAACCCCAAACACCUUAAGAGACUGAGAGCAGAGAUAGAUGAGGCGAAUGCUAAAGGUGAACUGUCAUCCGUCGCUCAGUUUACUGAAACCCAAAAGUUGCCUUUCCUUCAAGCUUGCAUCAAAGAGACAUACCGAAUGUAUUGCCCCAUUGGUGUAGGAAUGCCUCGUGUUGUUCCAGACGGCCGGCGCACAAUCUGCAGUAAGUACUUCGUAGGGGGAACCAUCCUAAAUAUCAACUCCUACGCCAUCCACCGCUAUCCCAAAAUCUUCGGCGCUGACACCAAUACUUUCAACCCAGAGCGCUGGCUCAGCAUCGACGACGAGGAGUACAAGAGGAUGGAGCGCAAUCUCGUUCACUGGGGAGCCGGCUACAACAAAUGCGCUGGCCAUCAUCUUUCUCACUUCCAGAUGUGUAAAGUCACAGCUACCCUACUCAGAGACUUUGACUUUGGCCAGAUUUGUCCCGAGAAGGAAUGGGUGCAGCCACAUGGAUGGCCGUGCUGGGUGAAGGCGCGGGGGCAAGUGUCGUGA